CUAAUAAAUCGAGUCUUCCUUUGCUGUGUCGAAAGUUAUUCACGAAGAAGAAUCUGCAGCUACACAUUUAAUUUUUACAACCAAUUUUACAUAUAUACGUAUGUGCUCCAAUGCGUCUCCCGAACACAUCUGUAGCGAUGGAUGAUAAGCCUGCCUUUGUGAAAAAGCCUGUGCAGAAAAGUUUUUUUAAUUAUGCGAUGACGACCAAGCGAUGGCACAGAAUCGCUCCAGUUACAUCAGUUGCCAAUGAAACGGGCGAGGAUGUCGUGCUAUUCUUUAUGGUGAUCUUUAUUGCCAUUACGACCAGUACAGAAGUUAAAAAUCACAUGUUACCGGCCGGCGAACUUUUGGUGUACAACAUCACACGCACCGAUGCGCACAAAGUUUAUCGCUGCCGUACACAUUACAAGCUAACGCAGGACUCCGUUGUGAGCAGCAAAAUUCAAUUGACUCAAAUGCGUGGUGGCGCUUCCGUUGUAGUGCCGUGCGUGGCCUAUGUCAACCCGAAGCCAGUUUAUCGGUGGCACACGAAACGUCCAAAUAAUGAGGAAUCCAUACAACAUUUGUUAGCGACAGGUCGUGCGAAACUUGAUUUGCAGCAUUUCGGGCUUUCCAAAACAAACUAUUAUAUGGCUGAAGGAUGGUCAACCAUUACGUUCCGGUGCAUGCGUUCGUUUACUUUCUACAGAGCAUAUACGCAUUACGUUAAUUACGAAUGAGGACAAGGGAAUGUAUCAGUGUGUUGUGAAAAACUACUUGGAAUCAACACAAGAAGUGGCAACUCAUUUAUAAAUUCAUCGAACAACUACAUAACCACGACCAUCAGUGUCGCUGAAAUAUAGUGCCAGUGGCAACCCCACACCAAAAAUCGUCUGGCGCUUAGAUGGAUUUCUACUGCCGAAUUUAAAUGACGAGCAAGGGACUCAACAAAAUGCCGGUUGUUUGGCCGCCUGUAUCCCUGAAUUUGUGUUCGUCAUUUCAUGCGAUGUAUACUCGUGAGCGCUAUGACAACCACACUACCGGAGCGUGUAAGCCAGAAGCCAGUUGUCGUCGGCGUGGUCUUUUUCACCAUAUUCGUCUCCACCAAGAGUAACAUCAACACCAAUCCCUGCGUGAAAAGGUGCAUGCUAAAAUAAUCAUGAGGUCAAUUCAACAGCGUGCAAAACGGCUGUGACUAUUAGUUGUUGAUGGGCGAAAGGCCAUCGACCAACUGAAAAGAAGCUACACCAACUGGCACCGUGGCAGGGACACCAUGUUGAGGGAAUGAGCACAUAAGGUAGAGCCCCAAACGCCAGAAGGUUGGCAACUUGCCUCCAUGCACCAAGGCUCUUUGACCUCCAUACUUUUAAUUUUUAUUUCAAUCUAAAACCUGAUGGUUGGUGACUAAAAGCCACAAAUUAUGAGAAA